AUGAGCUCACGAUCAACACCCACCAACUCACGGGGUUCCAACUUUUCCCCAGCCGAUUGUCGCACCCUCCAAAAGAUUCUCCGUGACGUACGCAGCCCUUCACCUCUCUCCGCAACGUCAUACUUUGACGACACACCCGCAAGGAAGCUCAAUCUCACUGCGACACCUACCGGUAGCCUCGCGGAAGAGCGAGUCGCCCAGAAGGAGAAGGUGUUCGAUUCUGGCGAUGAACGAGAGGGAGGCUACGAGGAUGAAGAUGACAGUAUGGAUUUGAGCGAUGAAGAGGAUGCUUUCGGUACAGGCAGACAGAAAGAUGGGGAUACGAUCGAGGAUGUUAUGAACCUUCCUGGCAAGACAACACCGCCGGUAGCUGACCAGGACUUUAGCAGGUUCUAUGCCCACGAUAAGCCCACACCUGAUGAGCCUAGCAAGCUGCAGCUUCGUCGCGCUUCGAUCGAAAAAGACUUGAAGGAGCAAUGUCGACAGCAGGAAUGCGCAUCAGCGAUUGCUGCAACAGACGGUGUCUUUGACACCGACGCGCUAAACCACGGUGUGUCAAGCCAGGCGUUAGCUAUCGAUGGAAACAGUGAUCUCAAGAAUCUACAAGAAGAUAUUGGGAUGCACCCAGUGGAAGAAGAACAGGCGGCCACCAGUGCGCUUGAUUCCCUUGAAGCCUACAGCGACCGACCUCGAGCGCGCAUCUCACCUCGCAACGUCCGCCGUGCGUCUGAAGAUGCACUACCAGUGUCAACCUCGUUCAUUGCCUUCCCUUCUCCUGCCCGUGCGGUCGUUCAAACUCCCAACGGGAGACACGUCGACUUUGCGCCUUCGGCUACUACACCAGUCGCGCCUUUGACGAACGCUCCCAGUUACUUUGAUUCUCGCCGAGUAAAAGACAGCACGCCGCACAAGAGCCGCCGCAGUGCCUCUUCGCCGACAGAAAUUGUCGAUCUAGCACGGGAGGCUAGAGUGGAAGAGGAGGAAGCGGAGCAAAGGGAGUUGGCAAAUCUAGAUCAAUUCAGGGACUUGGAUCUUGCACCGAUAGAGACUGUCAUGGAGGGCGGAUCAGCUGGCGACUUGAUCAUGUGCGGAGCUCCUGCGAAAGCCAGUGACAAAGCCCUCUUUCUCCAUAGCGCAUCUGAUACCGUGGACUCCGAGAUGGAAGAUUGGAUCGACCUACAACGCCCGCAGUCCAGACUACCUUCACCACGUCGACCAAACUUGCUUGUCGAGCAGGACGAGGAGAAUGACGCCGAUGUUGAGGAGUCAGAUAGUACAUCUGAUCCAGAACAGCAGCAGCUCGCCGGUCUCCCACGAUACCCUACUUUCAUCACUGUCAUCAGCAUGAUACCAGCGGCUAUCUUCUGGGCUACUGCUGCAUCAAUCGUUGACUGCAGUAGCAAAGCAUUUGAUACGCUCAUCGAGAAGCUGACUGGGCUAAAGGUCUAG